UGAAUUUAAGAUUUGCAGGUUCUUCUUCUCUCUACACCUCUUAACAUCUCCCAUAUUCGAAUAAUAGCUCAAAGUUCCGAUUUUUAUAAUUUACCUUCAUAACAAACAACUGAUUCACUUACUUAUCAGCCGGUGACUGUUUUUGGGUCUGCUUCAAUUGCAGUGGAAGAGAUGGUGUUCUUGAGUUGGGGCCGUCCAUCUUCCGAGCAACAGCAACAAGUCAUCAACAAAACAGGAACCUUCAAUUAUGACAACAAGUACAGAGGAGUUUCGUCUAGGUCUAUUGCUAAACUUAAGGAAGAUUCAGAGAUUGAUAAAGAUGGAUUCUUGAUCAAUCAUGCUCGUGUUUUAGUCGGUUCUGGUAGAGAGAGUUAUGAGAAGGGCAAAAAAGCUCUCCAGAAUUGGAAGCAUUUUGGUAUGGAUUGGGCAUUUGUUGAUCCUGCAACACCUGUUGAAACCGGUAAGAAGUUUUGCAUUUGCGUGAAAGAAGUUCUUCCAUGGGUGAUGCUUCCUCUACAAGUGGUUUAUGUUGACGAAAGCCGGAAAUCAAGAAAAGGCCCUGCGCAUUUCGGUUACGGAAGCGGUACUCUUCAGGGACAUUUACUCGCUGGAGAAGAAAAGUUUUCGAUAGAGCUUGAUGGAAAUGGUGAGGUAUGGUAUGAGAUAACGUCUUUCUCAAAGCCUGCUCAUUUCUUGUCGUUCCUCGGGUAUCCUUAUGUGAAGCUAAGGCAGAAGCACUUUGCUCGUCAUUCUUCUGAAGCUGUGCUGAAACAUGUCAAUGCUUCGUGAUGACAUCGAAAAUGAAGAUAUUUGAAUAAACACUUUGUCUAUACCAAAAAUGAAGAUGAAAGGGAAGGAUUUUUAUUCAGAUGGUUAAUACUCUUAAUACAUAAAAUAUAGCUUUGACCUAAAACAAGAUUUAGAGAAAGCUAGGGACAAACAUUUGGAAACAACUCUGCUCAGAUUCCGACAUUGUUGUGAUACUACCAUCAUCUAGCUUGAACACCUUAACCUCUUCUUCCUUUUUGUCGGUGAAGUAAAUAGAAUUUGGCAGGCAUCCGUAGAACUCAUGAGCCGAAACCGAGAAACAGGCAUCGGUAGCUAUCACAAUCGCCUUAUCUCCCAAGGACUUGACUUCUACCCAUUUUAACAGUUCUUCAUCAUUCUUGUAAACCUUGAAACCUAUCGUUUUGGGAGGGUCACGUUCAAAUGGUUUACAACUUACAUUCCCAAGAUUGUCGUGUAGCACAUGGAUAAAGCGAUGAGCCUGAGCAGCGAAGAAAUCAUCAUUGCCAUUACCAUCUUCCCAGAGAUCAGCAUUGGUAUAAUCAGCAUUCCGGAAAUGAACAAUGGCAUUAUCAUCAUAGGAAUCAGCUUUUCUCUUUAGGAGAUUCUCGUCAAUGAGACGAUCUACAAUGUAAAGUUCUCCACGACAUCUUACAAACCUUUUUUCUCCGCAAGAACCGUUAGUGAUGUUUUCAUGUAGUUUAGUUCCGUACCUGAUGAUGUCGUAAGCGGAACUAAUCCACCACAUAAUGCCUUUUGUAUCCACAGCGUAAGUAAGACCUUCGUCAAGUACAAAGUCAGAGAAUUGAGCUACUUGUUUCUUGAUUCCGUUCCAUAUUCCUCCUUUCCAGAACCUGAUUUUCCCGUCGAUGCCGAUCACUAGAACACGAUGAUCUCCUCCUUGGACUCUGACAAGAAACACUCUUUUGAAUUCGCUAGCUGUUUCUCUUGUGCGGCGGCCUACAACCGCAUAAGAUUCUUGAAUCUCGGAGACUAUGAACUCCGACAGAGAAAUGAGCUUGCGAGAACGUCCUAGUGCUUUGCGAGAGAGGCAGUUUAGGAGAUGGAAAUUCCGGUAUUUGAGAUCGGUGUCUGAUUUGAUCAACCACCCUUGGUCCGGAGAGGAGGCGAGUGUGACGCGAAAGAAUGUGGCACGUGAGAGGACCGUGCCAUGAUACUUGCUCAAAAUUUGUCCGUUUGCUUGUGCGCGAGCGAGAAUGAUUUGGAGCGGCUUGAAGUAGAUGAGAGGGGAGCUCAGGGAAUGGUUCUUGUUGACGCCGGAAGCAGAGGAGCGCCAUGACUUGCAUAUGCUCCGGAAACGGAUGAGUUCGAUGACGGAGUAAAGUCUGAGAGCAAUUAAACCAAGAAGCUCCUCUGGUAGCUUUGACCAAUCACCCAUUUCUCUCCCCUGUUUUUGCUACUAUUGUUGUUUUAAC